CUCACACAAUCUGAUGCCAUAGGUUUUGUAGAAAAAUGCAGUUGCUGCUAUUUAGUUUUCAGUAAAAGCAGGUUAAGGGAACCCUUGUCCUGCUUGCGUUAUUUUAAGCUGCAGAUUCUGCCCUCCCUGUCUGCAUCACAGAGAAGGAGGGAUUAACGACUGCACAGAUCUGUAAUUCAGUAAUGCAGACAGUGCCUUGGAAGGCUAUACAAGGACGGGCAAUCCUCAAGGCCUUACUAGAUCUGCACACUAAGCAAACAUGCAGCAGCAGAUGCUUUUUCGUUUUGGAGUGAUAAUUACUUUGAACCACUCAGAUAAUGAGCUUCUUGUACUGGGAUCUCGAAAGGAAAUGGGAAGCUGGGACCCACAGUAUGCUGUACCAAUGAAGCCUACUCGUUGUCCGCUGUCUACCACAGAACCAUCCUUUUGGGUAGGGGAGGUGCUGCUAGAGGAACCCUACACUGACACCUUCUGGUUUAAGUUCAUCAAGAAAGAGUCAGGAGCUUUAAUUUGGGAAGGGAAUGGCCCUCAUCAUGAUCGUUGCUGUGUUUUUAAUGAGAGUAAUAUAGUGGAUGGUGUUUAUUGCCAUCCCGUAGGACAUUGGAUUGAAACCACAGGGCAUACCGAUGAGAUGAAGCACACAACAGACUUCUACUUCCAUUUUGCAGGCACUCAGGCCAUGCAUUUCUCCAGAAUCCUACCAAACAUUUGGCUUGGAAGUUGCCCACGGCAACGGGAACAUGUGACUGUGAAGAUGAAGCAUGAAUUAGGAGUUACAGCUGUGCUGAACUUCCAGACUGAAUGGGAUGUCAUUCAGAAUUCUAGCGGCUGCAACAACUAUCCUGAGCCCAUGAGUCCUGAAACAAUGUUCCGGUUAUAUAAAGAAGCUGGAAUAACAUAUAUUUGGAUUCCUACUCCUGAUAUGAGCACAGAAGGCAGAAUCCGGAUGUUACCACAAGCAGUUUAUCUCCUUUUUGGGUUAUUAGAAAAUGGUCACACUGUCUAUGUUCAUUGCAAUGCUGGUGUUGGCAGAUCGACAGCUGCAGUCUGCGGAUUCCUCAUGUAUGUGAUUGGAUGGAGCCUUCGGAAAGUACAGUAUUUCCUUGCGUCACGGAGACCUGCUGUCUAUAUAGAUGAAGAAGCUAUGAUUAAUGCUCAAGAAGACUUUCAUAAAAAAUUUGGACACCUUCGUUCCACUGUGUGUCGAAUAUAGUUGCACGUCAAAGUAUUUAUAUUAUAUAUAUAUAUAUGUACAUAUAUAUAUAUAUAUAUAUAUAUAUAUAUAUAUAUAUAUAUAUAUAUAUAUCUUUCUUAUGGACUUUGUUUACUUAUGGACUGUUUAGUUAGUUUUGAGGACAGAAUGCAAAUUCUGCAUAUUUUCUAAUAUAAAAAUAUUAAGAAGCACCAGCCUCCUUUAAAGAAACUUAAUUAUAUAACUUAACACUAUUUUCUAGUUCAAGGCACAUUUUUAGUUUUAAAGGGAAAGUGACACAUUCCAGGUUUUAACAGGAAUGUGUCACUAUGCCUACAAAAAUCCUAUUCUUCCUUCAUGAAAAUGCUCCCCUGCCUGUUCACCUCUUGAAAACUUUGUCAGGCUCUGGAACAGCUUCAAGUUGAACAGCUUCAUUAGUGUUGGAGCACUUAAGGGUGGAACAACCUCUGAUAGGCUGGAGGACAAAUGUAAACAGUGCCCCAGCCUAUCAGAAAAUUGCCCUGCCCCCACAUUGUGAUGUAAACCAGGAAGCUGCUGAACUUCAAGCUGUGCCAGAGACGGACACAGGGUAGUAAGGGGUGAGCUGAGGGGAGGAAGUUUAACUGUCUUCUCAGUCAAACUUUGUACUGUGCUGUCCUCAAGUGAGUGUACAUUUCAUUACUUGUAGAUAGGGCAAGACACAGCUGACACAGAAUUUAGAGGUCCCAUUCACUUACAUUUGUGAUUUGUUCAUCUGAAAUGUACAAAUCUGUAAACUACCCUGGACUGCAUAUACCACACUGUGCUUUGGUGUAUUUUGGGUGUACCCCCUCUUUGUCCAUCUGCUUGUCUAAAUAUAUCCACCAGAUUUCAAAGCUAUUUUGCAAUGCAUGUAUCCCUUGCCCACAGACUUAGCUUUGGUUGUCACUGUUUUAGCACAGUUCUCCCUACUUACUGUAGUGCAGUGAUUGGGGCCUUUUUUUUACAAGCACCUCUCGACGGUAAAGAGAACAUUGGGGGAAACAGAAGAAUGGAGGUGGCUUCCUUUGAGAGCAAGGGUGGCACUGAAUUACUAACUUGGAGCUAAAAAGUGUGUGCAAUACUUGAAGCUAAAUAGGCACCCAAGUGGUAUAUAUGUUCAUAUGACUUCCUAUAGCAAAAAUGCAGCAACAUACAGUAGUCUAGGGGCUGAUUUCUGAACGUUCAAAUUCGAAUUUCUGCAGCGAUUCAAUUUUUUUGGAGCUAAAACUCAUGAUUUUGAAUUAGGGCUUUCAAAAUGCAAAUGUUUGUGCUUUUGUGCGCUUAAUAAAUAUCAAUCUAAAAGCUUGCAAAUUCA